UGCAUCAUAUGUGCUGGACAUUUUUUUAUUAGAGUUUUCGUGUCUGGUUUAAAAAGGUUGUCACACGUCCCAGUAUAUUUUACUUGUGGAUAGUGGUAGAGCGCAGUUUCAGUACGUCUACAGCUGAUUCAUUCGAUUGUUUACAGGAAUGAGGAUGAAAAAAUAAUAUACUCUAACAAUACGUAAUUUUCGCGAAAUUGUCUCAUUGAUACGCCUAAGUAUGGGAUGUUGUUACAGCUUUUGCAAAGAGGACAGCGGUCCGCAGAGUGGAGAAGUAAAUGAGAGGACACACUUGUUGGUAGAUCCUGUCAGCAAUAACACAAAUAUACAUAGAGUGCAUAGUGAUGAUUAUGUUAACCAAUAUGCAAGCUCUGUACCCAAGAAGACAGAUGAGCAAACCGCAUUAAGUAGAAUUUUAAAUGAAACAGCAGCUAACGUAAUAGAUGUUGGAGCAAUGGAUUCGCAUAAUUUGGAACAGCAUGAAUGUAUGGACAGAUCACGAGGAUACUCUAAACGCAUUGAAGCUGAAAGAGUGAAAAUUCCACAUAGCACAUCUUGCCUACUUAAAGAUAUUCCUGCUCCAGAAAGAAUAUUAGCUGCUGAUCCUCUAGGAUCUGGGGACCAUGGACUGAUUACCGAAAUGGUCAGUAAGGCUGUAACAGCUUUAGGAGAUGUAAAAGUUGAACACAAAGAGGACUUAGUUGUUCCUUUCUUAUCGUGAUCUUUCAAUAUUUCCUCAGCAGGAUUAUAAUUGCAUCCUGUUUGAGUGAAAUUUAUGUACCACAUGACAUUGAACACAACAUAUAUAUUUUCAAAAUCAAUUUCCAAUACUUUAAUCACAGUCUGAAAUAAUUUCAGAAUUUAUUUGAUCACAAAUAUCAACUGAAAUGAUAAUUAAGAUGUAUCAUAGAUGGAAGUUCAAGUACUAUAUCAUAAUAAUAACAUGUUAAUUGCUUCAUGGUUGCUGAAUGUACAAGGCUAUUUUGAAAUGUUACAUGUGAAAGUGUUUCCAAAACAUUAGUUCCUAGCGAACGAACUGAAUUUGGCAAUACUUUUACAUAGUUUAUAUACUAUAUUGUAAAAAGCUGAUUCACUGUUAUUACUCUUCACUAAGAUAUACAUUGGAAAAUAAGUACCACAAAUGCUACUUUAACAUAAUUUCAGAUAUGCGUUAAACACAUAAGCUACAUGGAAAAUUCAGGUUUUAUUAAGACGUAAAUUAUUUUUAGUUUUCUAUCAAUUUCUAAUGAACUGUUUCAUGUACAUUAAAUGAUAUUGAAAAUGGUAAAUAACAAAUAGUUACAGUAAGUCUUCAGAAGUAGAAAUGGCUUAAGUAUCUCUUAUUGCCUACAUUAAACUAUAUUUCAUUUAUCAUAUCAAUUUUGUUCGUAAUGUUUAUAUAUUAGAAAAGUGUUUUUAUAAUGCCAAAAGUAUACAUAUUAUAAACUCCUAAUUCAAAGGUUUGUGAUAUUUUUAUUAAUUAGUUUUAUUAAUAAUAUAUUAUUUUAUAAUUGCCAAUUUUCUGGUACAUGCUUUACAUUAACUGAAAUUCGUUAAUUAUGUAUUUUUCUAAAACUAUGUUGAAUUGUUAUAUAAUUAUCAUACGUAAUUCAUUUAUAAACAGUGUAAUAAACUGAAAGUUAAUCAUAAUCAUUAUAUACUAUUUUGUGCAUAGAAAAAAUUGAAAUAAAAUAAAAAUGGUUAUAC